AUGAAAGCUCUUUUACUACUCCUAAUCGUUGUGGUUCUAGCAAAAGACCCAAAGCCAAAGAAGUCAACCCAAGUCUCCAACGUUAAAGCCCAAAGUGCUCCAGUUGCUCAGUCAAAGAAAAAAACCUCAAAAAAGGUAAUUCGAAAAAACAAAUCAAAUAAAAAAGCUCAAGUAAAAAAAGUUAAAAGUCCACAGUCUACUACAACUAAGAAAAUUUCGGGUAACAUAUCAAGUCAAGUAGGGUUUGCCAAUGGAAAGUACCAGAAAACCACAACACGAAAAUUGUCAUAUAAACCAAAUAGUAAAGUUGCUAUUAAUACAUUAGGAACAGUUACUAAAAAUGGAAGAGAUAAAUCAAAGACCUUUUCUGCAGAUGGAAGUUACACAGGAAAGAAGCUCAAUGUGCAAGCAAACUACUCGAAGACCAAAACGCCGACAACAAAGUCGAACAGUGGUUCUGUUAGUGCGAGCUACAAAUUCAAUGACAAAUUCAAGAUGAAUGCCAACGCACAGAAGUCGAAAGUCAAUGGCCAGAAAUCGUCUCAAGUUGGACUUGGCGCAGAUUACACCUCCGACAAAUUUAGUGGCUCUGCCAAAUACACCAAAUCCAAAACUGGCAGCACAAAGACGACAAGUGGGUCGAUUAAUGGAAAAUACAAAUUCAAUGACAAAUUCUCAGUGAAUGGCAAUGCACAAAAAACAAAUACCAAUGGACAAAGGUCCUCGAGUUUUGGAGUCGGAGCAGAUUACACUUCCAAGAAACUGACUGCCUCCACAUCCUACACACAAAACAAGAGUCCAAAUUCAAAGACUAAGAACUUGAAAUACUCCGCAACGUACAAACCCACAGACAAUCUCAAACUGUCGACGGACGGAUCCUUCACAAAGCAAAAUGGUCAAAAGAGUCGCGACCUGUCUGCUUCCGCUGAUUACACCUCCAAAAAGCUCGACGCCAAUGUGAAAGUUUCAAGCAGCAAAAGUGUCCAAACGAAGUCGAAGAGUAUCACCGGUGGAGUGACAUACAGACCGACGGACAAAGUCACAAUAGGUGCCAACGGCAAGUAUUCCAAAACAAACGGCGUCGCCUCUAAAGAAGUGAACGUCAAAGGAAGUUAUACCGGAGACAAAUUGAGUGUGAACGGUGCUUUGAGUUCCGGUAAAAAUGGGAAUGACAAAACGAAGAGUUUGAGUGUUGAUGGGAAGUACAAAGUGAACGACAAAUUGACCGUCUCGGGCGGAGCGAAGAGGAAGAACACAAACGGGAAUAAAAGUAGUGAAGGGAACUUGAAGGCGGAAUAUACCGGCAAAAAAGUGCAGGCGACACUGGAUUUGCAACGAUCUCAAACCGGUAAAAGUAAGAGUGGGUCAGUUGAUUUUCAAGGGAAAUAUCAGCCGAACGAGAAGAGCGAAAUUCAUACAAAUUUUAAGACGUCGAAAGGAGACGGGAAACGACAGAACGAGUUUGGGAUAGGAGGAAGUUAUAAGGCAAAUGAGAACACUAACUUCAAUGUCGACUUCAAUCGAAAAGAUAAGAAAAACACGGUGAGUGUUGGAGGGGAAUAUAAGAACGACAAGUUCAACGUGAAAGGAAACGCGAAGGUUGGGGGAGGAGAUAGAAGUGUUGAAAUUGCCGCUGGGUAUAAUCCUAAUGACAAAUUUGGGAUUGAAGGUAACGCAAAGUUUGGGAAGGAAAACGGAAAGAAGAUCAAUUCAUAUGGAGUGAAGGCAAAUUAUAAGCCGAAUGAUAAAUGGGACUUGAAUGCCGAAAUUAAUAAGGCAAAUGGAGGAAAAGUCGGGUAUACUGUUGGAGCGGAUUAUAAGAUUAAUGAUCGGGCGAAAGUGGGAAUGAGAGUCGGAAGAGAUGAGGGCAGAGGUAAUUUUGUUGGAAUUGGAGGAUCAAUUUCAUUCUAA